AGUGUUUUAAUUCUUACUAUUCCUGGUAACAACUGUGCCUACCCUGAACUAAGAAUUAUUUAAAUUCAAAUUUUGCAUUAAGAAUCAAAGUAUGGACGAAAAAGUCGAGGCCGAUUUUGCAAGGGUAAUGCAAUGCCUAACUGAGACACAGAAAUUGGCGAGUAGUCUAGGAACGGAAGAGCAAAAGGAUCCAAGACAAUAUCUUGAGAUGUGCGAGGAACUUUGCAACAUUCGCCAAAGUUAUAAAGCAAAAAAGAAAAUUUAUGAAGCAGCUGGGAAAGAAGAAACACUUGAAGGCUAUGACCAAGCACUCGAAAGAGGCUUAAACUCUUUACCCAAAAAAUUUAAUGCAAAAAACACUAUAGAAUACAAAGCAUUUUCUGCUAGUAUGACUCUUGAUGAAGAAGAAGUUGAUAAACGUGGUGAAAUGGUUGUUAAGAUGGGACUAAACAAGUUUGACCCUUUAAGCAAAAAGAAAAUGGUCGAUCCAGUAAAGUCUACCGUUUGCGGGCACCAUUAUGAAAAAGAAACGAUUAUUGCUUAUAUUAAACAAUUAAAGAAAGACAAAAGAAGUUGCGUAUGCCCAGUUUCUGGUUGCAUGAAUAAUAAAAUGCAAUUAAAGGAAUUACAAGAUGAUCCAGUUUUUAAAGAGCAAAUAGAAAGUGACGAGGAGGAAGAUUGAGUAUGACUACAUAUUUUAGAGCAGCGUGUUACUUUAUACGUAACGUUUAAUUCAUUCCAAUUUCUUAUAUAUAAGCCCUCAUCAAGAUUAUGAAAAUAUGUUUUUAUAAUAAAUAAAGAUGUAUGAUAAUUUGCUUGAAUUAUGUGUAUAGAGAUACGUUCGACGGACUAUAUGGUAGUCCAUACAUAAAUAUUUUUCUUGCUUUG